AAAAUCCUAUUUAUCAUACUUAACUUAAAACCUAGUGUGGUCUAGUAACGCCUGAAAUAGCCACGGUUUUCAUCUUUUCGGUCUGCAAAUGGCUCUUGCCGUGCUGGGUUUUUCUUAUUCGCCAAAACGACUCUCCUUAUCUUUUGCAAAAUGCUUGAGACACAGAGAUGAUGGUUCGGAUUUGGCGACGUUAUCGCGUCCGAGUUCUCCUCAUAAGUGGCGUGUGGUCAUUGCAUACGACGGAAAAAAGUUUGCAGGUUGGCAAUACCAAGAAUCACCACCAACAAUACAGUGCCUUAUAGAAAAAGCCUUGACGCGUAUCACAAAACUUGAUCGCAAACAGCUUCAUUUGGUUGGUGCAGGUAGAACUGAUGCUGGUGUUCAUGCGUGGGGUCAGGUUGCCCACUUUAUCACUCCUUUUAAUUAUGAUUGCUUGGAGAGCAUUCAUGCUGCACUUAAUGGCCUUCUUCCCUCUGAAAUCCGAGUGAGGGAAAUCAGUCCUGCAUGUCCUGAGUUUCAUGCUCGGUUCUCCACAAUUAGUAAGUUAUAUCAUUAUAAGAUCUACAACGGUCUGAUCAUGGAUCCAUUUCAAAGUCGUUAUGCCUACCAUAGUGGUUAUAAACUGAACCCAGUUGUCAUGAGGGAGGCUGCAUCAUAUUUUGUUGGUAGGCAUGACUUCACCUCUUUCGCUAAUGUGUCACACAGUGAUGGAUUGGUCAAUCCUGUUAAGGAAAUCUUUCAGUUUCAUGUCAAAGAAAUGGUAUUUCAUGGAACCACAUAUAUUUCUAUGGACAUGCUUUUUUGUUGUAUAAAUAUUUUUUUUAUUAUUAUUUUUGCUUCUAUUGAUUCCGUUAUCAAUCCUUCCUUUUUUAUUGCCACAUGUUAUCUGCAGGAUCAUGUUUUUCAAAUUGAGGUUGAAGGUACAGGUUUUCUAUAUAGACAAGUAAGAAACAUGGUCAACAAAACAAAACACGAUCGCUUGUUCUUCCACAUAGGCCGAAUACUGCGCCUUAGCCACUGAAGCAUCCAAAGUCCUCUGGCUCCGACGACUUCUCUAAGACUUUCAUCUACCUCAGAUCACUCCCACAACAAUCUACUACGACAACACCUCCGCAAUAGCACUAGCAAACAAUCCUGUGUUUCACGCCCGCACAAAGCAUAUUGAGGUCAAUUGCCACUUCAUCAGGGACUCCAUUCAGGGCAAGCAUCUCUCUGUCCAUCAUAUUUGCCCUACAGAUCAGCUCGCAGAUGUUUUUACAAAACCGCUUACACAAUAGUGCUUCAAAGAUCUAUCCUCCAAACUUAUCGUUGAUUCCUAACCAUAAGUUUGCGGGGGGCUGUUAACCACAAGGCUGACGUGGACUCUCCACGUCACCGUACUUUCUUUUAUUACCAUUAAAUGUACUUUCUUGUUUCUUUAUUCUCUUCCUUCAUCUAUAUAUAGGGAAGUGUAUCCUGUAAUCAGAUGAUGAAAAUAUAGUGGAAAAGGCUCUUUACGUUUUCCUUCUCU